AUGGAUGAUUCCCCUACGACUGGGCUUCCACCAUCAUUCCCAACUUCGAUCUUCGGCGACGACGACUUCCCAACUUUCCUCACGUCUUUCACCAAGAAAAGUAGCAGCACCAGCACGACGGAUACUUCCACGUCUAGUCAGAUCACACCAGUAUUGAACACGAUGACGAGUUACACCCCAAGUCCUUUGGGCCCAGCAUCCUCUCCGACUCCCAGCGGCUACCCCGGCAGCGAUGAUGGGAAUGAUAGCUUGUUUGAAAGGCUGGAGAAUGGGACAAAGGCUGCAGUGGGAGUUGCGAUUACCAUUGGUGUUAUUGUCAUCGUCGCUCUAUCCGUGUGGUAUUGUUGCGGAUGCUGCGGUCUGCGUGCAAGACGCAGGAAGCGUCGCGAGGGCUCGCGAGCACAAGACAUCAGCUCUCAGCCUCCAGUCCCGCUGAAUACGAUGAGUCCUAGCCAUGCGCCUCCCGCAGGCGAUGCUCCUCCUCAAUACGAAGAAGCUGUGCCACCUCAACACCAACACAUCGCUGGCGGAGCUCGGCAUGUCAGGCAAGAAGAGGACGAUGCGGUCAUUUCAGAUGGCAAAACGCCACUGAGCGAAAUCCCAUUCGAGGAUGUUGUGCUCGACCAUUCUCCAUCAGAAGGAUCGUCGAGGAGCUUUAGCGAAAGGCAUCAUGGGCUUGGAGGAGAUACCAGAGGACAUACGAAUACCUGA